AUGAAUUCCACACCAGGUGGCCUGGAUCGCGUAGCUCUGGCAGAGCGGCGGAAACGACUUGCUGCCACAGAAUCCACGGUAGCCGAGCAGGUGAGCCCGCAAAGACGUGCGAUUUUUCAACAAGGCCCAGAAUGCAUAUCUCAAUUCUCUGCGGAGGUCCCUGGUAGCUACGGCCUGCUCAACGAGAACGGCCUGCUCAACGAGAUCAGCAUUAGCGAUGGCUGGUCUGGUAUAAAUUCCCCGGCAGCGACCCAAUUUGCUGUUGGCAAUAUCGAGAAUGAUCCCUUGAUCGAUGCCUAUUAUAAGAACUUUCACACGCUCCACCCGUUCCUGCUACCUCAACGACACUUCACCAGACUUUGCCAAGACCCGAUCCGGCAGGUCAAUUUCACCCCCCUUAUUGCUGUCAUGCGGCUAGUUGGACAUAUCUUCACAUCGCACGAAUGAGCCGACGAUCCUGUUUUACAGGAAUGUUGGAGAAGGACGUGGUGGAUGCUCUACCUUGUGGACGGAUACUACACUAGAACCCUCGGAACCAUGAACUUUGCGGUUGCUAAAAUUGACGCUACGGUGGAUCUGCUAUGUGAGGAGUCAGAAUAUGAAUCAGGCCAUAUUCCCGCGUCAAAAAGCCUUCAGGAUUUUGACUGUCGCGAAUUUACCUCCGAAAGCACAUUCUCAUCUUUCGCGUAUCUCAUCGGCGCUGUACGCUGCGCGGCAUUGGCAAUAUCGUCAGCGCCAAAGAUUGCAACCAUAGAAGACUCAAUACAUAUUAUUCAGGCUGCCGACUCCAGUCUUGAUGGCUGGCGGCUUCUAUUACCGGAGAAUCGCAAACAUGUCAUCAGCAAAACAGGAGAAGUCGACGAGCUUAUGUUUCAGGCACACCUAGUCAUCAAUGUUGCGACGAUUGGAUUGCAUAGGCCGUUCUCAGACCUCAAAUUCAACACCGUGGAGGAUAUCUCAAGCUGCGCUCGAGAACCACCUCUGGAUACACCUACACCCGAGCUCAUCCAUAUGCACACAUUACGAGUCUUGCGGUCUGUGAACGCACAAAUCCGCCUUUUAGCGCUCCCAGUUCGACAGUUCCACCAUACCCCUUUUACGACCUGCAUGGUCAGCGAGGGAACGCUGGCGCUCCUCUCGGCCUGCAAAUUUCUGUUCAACGGUGAAGACUUGGCAACCGCAAGAGAACAGCUUCGCAUGAAAAUCGGUUGUCUCAAGGCAUUGGGUGAUAUCUGGCCGCGGGCAGCGAGGAAUGUGCGAGAGAUCCAAAUCAUCGCUCAGCACGUGUUGGGAAUUCAGUCCAGCGCUGCAAGUAAAAGUAGCACUCCCAGCUCCAAUGCAGUGCCGCUCCUCUAUCGAGGUCAAGGCCAGAGAAGUCAUGGUUCGGACGGUGACAUAUCCUGCAACGACACCGGUAUUCCUUCUUCACUCCAUUCUACCGAGGAUCUUUGUGGAUGGUACAAUCUUAGGGAUCUUGCUGAGCUUGGGAGUUUGGAUGAUCUUCCGAGGGGAAGAAUUAGUGACUGA